CCGGGCCGGGCCGGGCUGGGGCUGGGGCCGGGGCCGGCAGCGCUGGCCUUGGCCGCAUGGAGCCCCCCCCGGCAGGGCUCGCGACUCCUGGGGAAGGGAGGAAGGGAGGGGACGGGGGAUGUCCUGAUUGGCCGGAGAGCCGGGGGGCCCGCGUUAAAGUGCAGCGGCGCCGGGCGGAGGAGCAGGCGGCUUCGCUGCGGGCACGGCCGCGCCCGGCCCCACCAUGAGCGGCAGGGCCACUUUCUUCGAGGAGACCCGUUGUCCUACACCCACGCGCAAAGGCAAAACCCCCUUAGGAAUCAGAUGUAAGAGGCAAAAUAAUUGCAGAUUAAAAAAUGAACAGGGUAUAAAAUAGUCUGAAAAGACUUGCCCGGUCCUAGGAUUGUCUUUCUGUGCACCUCUUCCCCUCCCCCACCAACAUAAGAAAUAUCCUAGACCUCUCUGUGAACAAAAGCAGCCCAACUUGUCUCUGGUCUUGGCAGGGGUGGGAGUGUGCAGGGUGGUUUCUUCUCUAUAGUCCCAUCUACCCUUGGGGAAUUUUAGGGGAUAACAUUCCCAUUGGUGCUGCUAAUGUUUCAUGUGCACCAAUAUUAGCUUCUCUUGAGCACUAGGAUAGUCAAGUAUCUUGCUGCCUCCUUCAUUUAAACCUGAGGGCCCCACACUUGGGGGUCAAACAACUCUAAUUUCUCCCCCCCAUGCCCAUCAAGGAAACUGUCUGCUCUGCUGCCUAUCUUCACAAUGGCAAGUAGAGCUGGGCUGGCCAUGAAGGGGUUGCUUUAUGUAGCACUCUUCACAAGUAUAACUUGAAGCACUCUACGAAGUAGGUCAGUUUUAUAGCCAUUUUAUAGAUGGGACCAAAACCCAAGAGAGGUAAAGUGAUUUGUCGGAGAUCACUUGGUAAGACACUAGCAGAGCCUGAAAUGGAACCCAGGUAUCUUGAAUCUUAGAUCAGCUCACCAUCUACUAGGUCACGUGAGUGACAAGUGCAGAACAUUUCCCAAAUUUAUAUGGUGUCCAUGCACAGAGGCCAGGCAACUCUUCCUUGUCUCAUUCCAGGUGUGGUCUAUGGUCUUUCAAAGUUCUGAUCUUGUAAACCAGUGGUGGUUUUCCCAAGGAAUAUGGGAGUGGGGUGGGGGCCCCCUCCAGAUUACCAAAUCUGUUUGAGUUCUCUUUGGUGUGUGACUCAAGGUGGGGGUUGUAGAACAAAGAGGUUUUGGCAACAGUGAGACUGGCUGUGGCAGAGAACGUCAUUCUUGCCUACUUGACUUCUGAUACGUGAGUAGAAGAAACAUCUUAUAAUAUUGAAUUGUAUUUUUUCUCCAUAAGGUCAAAAGAGAACUAUAAAUACAGAGAAAAGUAUUCAAAUUGUAGGUCUGUAUUGUUCACUACACACACCCGAAACACUUACCUUUAUGCACCUGUAACAUCUUGCUGAGAGUUACGAAGUACUUCACAAACAUAAAAAUCAUACUCUGUCUCUAAAUAUUUUUACUUAUUGAUUAAAAACAAAGUUGUUAUAAAAAGCUUUUUCUUUCUGGAUUUUUUUUUUUCCCCUUGUGUGUCUGAAAACACUUAAUACAGAGUCAGAUUCACUGCUUUCUCUAUAUAAUUGAAUGGAGGUGGACUUUUACCAUCCACAGAGUAUGAGGAGAACCACUGAAGUCAAGCAUCUUGAAACAAAGACAAAUGAGUAAUUUUUCAAACCAGACAUAAAUGGUCAAUAACAGUAAUUUUCUCAACAAAGGAGAGAGAAAUAUUUUUUUUUUUUAAAUAAGAAAAUGUGAUGGUAAAGUGCCUAGAUUAUUCAAAUGGAUGGAGGGGCUGAUGCAAGACAUAAAACUACUUUCUAACUCAUUGUUUUUAAUGGGCUUCAUUUCAAGCUCACAUUGUCCCUUUAGUUGGUAGACUCUCUUCUCAGACCAUAAGAAUCGAGAGUCGCAACACUGAUUUGAAUGUAAUUUAAACAAUUCUAUAGUUCAAAAGUCAUUAGGAUAUAAAUAAAAACAGCCCUCUGUGGUAGGUAAAGGAUGUAGACAUUGAAACACAGAGGAGUUGAGUGAUUUGCCUGUGAUCAUACAAAAUGUCUGCAGUAGAGCCAUAGAGUUAUAACUUGUCAAAAGCAGAAGCAAAUCUCUGAUUUCAUGUAGCAGUUUUGUUUAUUGGUGUCUCAAAUAAUAUCGGGAAAGGGCUACCAUAAUUUGGAGAAAUAUAAACAUUAAUGGCACUUCUUUAAAAUGUUGAUGAUAUAAGUCUCUAGUGGUAAACUUCACUUCCUAAAUCUACUGAAUACAAGAAAUCAUGGACUAAAAUCUAGACAUUAGAUUUAUGGCACAUUAAAACCUGCCUGCCAUCUGAUAACCCCAGGUAACCUCUCUACAUUAUACCUGCUACAUUCUACCACCAGGUUAACACUCCCUCCUUCCCUACUCCUCCCCACCUGUCCCUCACCUGUUAACUCACAUCCCCUUUGAUCUUCCCUGCCACACAUUUGCUUUUUCACUGACCUGCAUUUUGCAUAUUGGCUUAAGCUUCUAUUAUACCCAGGAGAGCCCACAAACACCAGAGACCUGAAGAAGGGUGUUUGUGCCCAAAAGCUUGUAAAGAACAAUUUUUUCCAACUAUUUAGUUGGUCUAAUAAAAAACCUUGUCUGCCAAUGGUAAACUAAGACACUCCAAGUAAAGGAAAGAGUGGGGCUCUCUGCUGUGCUGAAAGAAAGCUCCACUGAGACAAAUGCACACACGUAUACUUUGGUGGGCUAGUCAUGUUACUUCUCUUUUUUUCUGGGCUAUCAAUGCAGUGAGGACCCGGUUUCACAAGGUGCUAUACACACUUCAAGAAGUUUAGUGAGUUCAACUCCCACCAAAGUUUGUGGGACUCAAAGAUGCUGGGUACUGAGUACAUGGGCUCAGCAUCCUGCAGAACUGAGCCUUUGACUCUCCACUGUCUUUCUAUGAAGGGUCCCUUAGAGUAAUGUGAGAAUAGACCUGAAGGCUGCCCUAUGUUCCACCCUGACUGGGUUACUAGAUAACCCUGCAGCAAAGAAGCCUAGGUGGGCCCUCUGGGAGUGAUACUUUUGGAAGAGUACCUUCUCCAUACUAACUUUUCACACCAUCCAGAGAACAGACAGAGAAGUUCCUUUUGCUAGAACAGAAAUAAUAUUUCUGCAAUAGAUAUGAAAGAAUUCAUUUCUGCACUACAGUUGUAAGGCCAGCUUCAGAAUAUACAGCCAGUGGGAUGGAGGGCUUCCCAGCAGGCAGAGAGCUAGCUGCUCAUCAGUCUCCAGUGCAAGAAACAUGCUUAAAGAAAAAGUUCCUGAGGAAAGUUGAAAGUUAGGGAUUUUCAGGGCCAUUUUUUUAAACCUGUGCUGACAUUGAUCCAAUUCUUAGUAGAAUCAGGACAGAGGAUACACAUUGCCCUCUCACUAUUUAGCUGAGUUAGGGGCACUGAUUCAGGCUUGAGGAAGGCCAGAGCGGGAAUCCAAGUUAGACUGAAUUAAGCGAUGUAAUUCCACUCUAAUUAUCAAACUAAUCAGAAGUGUUGCCAACAAGAGAAGUUUUAAAACUACACCAAGCAGUAGUAUUGGACAGAGAGGGGAAAUGCAUUAGAUCAUGGGGGAGUUCUCAAUUACAGAUAAUUUAUAGACUAUUUUGUAAUAUAUUAAUGGAUCAGAAGUAGAAGGUUCUAAUAUUAUUUCUCAACUUGGAUUUUAAUUAGGAUUACACUGAUAACAUCAAUCUAAACGUGCCACACAAUAAAGACUUCAGAAAAGCACCUCUUUGUACAGAAGAUCAAAGAGUCAAGUGGAAAUACUCGACUGGAAGACAAAAAAACAGCUGUGCUUUCUGGAUAAGGUGGAACCACAUGCUACAAUUAGAGAGAUCAGGUUGAUGUUCCAUAAGUCAUAUCCACAGUGGUAUCCAGCAAGGCAGUCAAUAAGACUUAAGCCUAAGGGAAAAGCCUUGAGGGAUGAGGAAAUUCUGCAGAACCUCCCAGUUGGCACAACUGCUACACUGUAUUUUAAAGAUUUAGGGCCUCAAAUAGGAUGGACUAUGGUAUUUUUGAUAGAAUACGCAGGACCAUUGUUCAUCUAUUUUCUGUUUUAUUUCCGUAUGCCUUUUGUCUAUGGCCUGGAUGAGAGAUUUACAUCAAGGCCACAUCCAGUAGUUAACUUGGCAUGUAUCUGCCAUUCUUUCCACUACAUCAAAAGGUUGAUUGAAACAGUAUUUGUUCACCGGUUUUCCCAUGGAACUAUGCCACUGAGGAAUAUUGUUAAGAACUGCUUAUAUUACUGGGGAUUUGCUGCUUGGCUGGCUUAUUACAUCAAUCAUCCUCUCUAUACACCUCCUUCCUAUGGACAAAAACAGAUAAAUAUUGCUGUGAUCAUGUUUCUGCUGUGUGAGGCUGGGAAUUUCUCUAUCCAUGUUGCACUCAGUGAUCUCAGGAGAGACGGAUCCAAAAUCCGUAAAAUCCCAUAUCCAACAAAGAAUCCUUUCACGUGGCUGUUUUUCUUUGUAUCCUGCCCUAACUACACGUACGAGGUGGGGGCCUGGAUCAGCUUCACUGUCAUGACUCAGUGUGUCCCAGUGGCAUUGUUUACUUUGCUUUGCUUUAUUCAGAUGACAAUUUGGGCAAAAGAUAAACACUGCACCUACCUACGAGAAUUCAAGGAUUAUCCAAGUCUUCGAAUGCCAAUUAUUCCUUUCUUAUUAUAAGAAGAAAGACUUAUUUGAAUGCUUGUGUGGAACUACAGGAAGAAAAAGCUAAUGGGUUUCUUUUAUGGACAAAACUGCUAGUAAUUGGGAGAAUUUGUUUAAAUAACUAAGCUGAGAUGGCUCUAGUGCAUACUGGAUCUCCAUUGCUGUGGGAAAUUCUAGACAGUUGAAACCCUCCUAAUAUGUCUAAAUUCAGGGGCAUUUUUGAAACCCAGAUUAAUUGCCAUGACUGUUGCUUCAUUGAUGGUCAUAGGUCCCUAUGGCUCACUAUAACCAAACUGGCCUAGAGCUUUCCAGUCAGUAACAGCUGGGUCUUCCUCUACCAGUGAUCUGAGGCAGCGAGAAGGCUUGCCGUGAGGAAUUUCCAGCUUUGGGAGCAGCAUUCCACCAGAGUGCCGAUCAUGUUGCCUUUCCUGAGUCUCCCCAGCUGGAGUGAAAUUGGUGCGGGGGCAAGUGCAUCAUAAGUUACAAAGGGAAAGAUGUACUUGGAAUAGAGAGGUGAGCACUACCACAGAGGACUGAGAUGAUUAUUCUAACGUAUGUGUUGUCUGGGCAAUCUGAAAGCAAAAGUAAUUUUGGGUAUAACAUCCCUUUUUUAGAAAGUUCCUUUACCAAUAAAUUGUUCAUUGGCUAGUAGAGAAGAUUUUGAAGAUCUAAUCUCUUCUGCAGCUAUGCUAUCUGACCUGUUUUCAUAAAACAAGUCAUUGUGAUACCAAAGGAUCUUUUAUCUAGACAUUUUGUGUUAGUGUUCUCUGAAGAGUUUUUAAUAUACUUUGUAAACAAAAUGCACUAACCUAACAGUCCUCAAAAUGAUAGUUCCAUCAACAUUUGCAAGCCAGGGAGGAGGACCCAGAUACACUUUGAACUUCCUGUGUUUUGUUUUCCACAAGGUGUUCAGUGUGACCUGGGAAAGUUUUGUACAAAACUACUCAAGAAACUGUUGCAAUCGUGUCUUACUGACAUUUUAAAGAAACUAUUUUAGAACAUAUCUAUGAAUAGAAGACAUAUAUACUGUUUUGUUUCAUGACUAUUUAUUUAUCUAUAAAAGAUGUAUAGAAGGAUUUUUUGCAGCUAUUUGUAAUAAUGACAUAUGCAAUAAAUCAAACCUACAUUUUGAA